AUGUCCGAAACUGAGUCAGGAAAACGCAAGGCCUCGACUGCAGGCCUUGCCGCUCAUAACCGCCCCGUCAAGCGCCGAGCAUCGAAGGCAUGCUGUUGCUGCCGUGCUCGCAAAGUCCGGUGCGAUGUGGUAGAAAAUGGAUCGCCAUGUACCAAUUGUCGUCUAGACCAGGUCGAGUGUAUUGUCACUGAAAGCAAACGGAGAAAGAAGUCUCGCGUUGAGACUGAAAAUAACAACUAUGCCGACUCUCCUGGAGAAGUUUCCGAGGAGAAUCCUUUGCAUGGGAUACACGGGUUUGGUGAUAUUCCACCUACCUCGCCCUCACAGGCAUCGGUGGAUGUGGAUCAUGGCCAACAUAUGCCACAUUUGCUAUAUCAAACGCAGGCACAACGCAUAGGCUCCGACGCCCGAUACCGUCGCCGCAUGGCCCCCACACCCGCUGUGCCCGCAUCCAUGCCUUUGGAUAAUGCGACUCUGCAGAUUCAACAGCUACUCGAUCCGUCAUUCGGUAACCAACGAAACACCAAUGAUUUUCUUCCCGACUAUAUUCGAGGUCUCCCCGCACGAUUCCAAAAAGAGGAUAUCGACUACUUGGGCGCCAAGGGAGCAUUGACGAUUCCCGAUGUCACCUUGCGAAAUGAACUUUUGAAGGCCUAUAUUCACUAUGUGCAUUCAUAUAUGCCAUUGCUGGAUCUGGAGGAGUUUCUGCAGACCAUUGUUCAAAAUGAUGGUAUUCACCGUAUCAGUCUUCUACUGUUCCAAGCUGUCAUGUUCGCUGGAAUGGCCUUCGUUGAUAUGAAACAUUUACAAGCUGCUGGUUAUCAAACCCGCAAGAUAGCUCGCAAGAUUUUCUUCCAGCGAGCUCGUUUGCUGUAUGACUUUGACUAUGAAGUGGAUCGCAUCUCACUGGUUCAGUCGCUGUUGCUCAUGACAUACUGGUACGAGACUCCCGACGAUCAAAAGGACACUUGGCACUGGAUGGGCGUCAGUUUGUCUCUGGCCCAUACCAUUGGCCUUCAUCGGGAUCCGGGUAAUUCGCGCAUGGAUCUACGCCGCCAACGAAUGUGGAAACGCAUUUGGUGGAGCACGUAUACUCGCGAUCGUCUGAUCGCCUUGGGCAUGCGACGACCGAUGCGCGUUAAGGAUGAUGAUUGUGAUGUGCCCAUGUUAACUCUUGAUGACUUUGAAUUCCAGUCCUUCUCACCGGAAAUUGUGAAGAUGGUCGGGGAUUCAGAGAUCCUGCAUAAUAUAAGCCACCAGCGAGAGUUGGCGUUGAUGUUCAUUGAAAAAGCUAAGCUCUGUCUCUGUGUGAGCCAUGUCCUUUCAGCUCAAUAUUCCGUACUUAGCCAUAAAUUUGGCGGCACUAUGGAGACUACGAUGAUGUUGGUUCCUAAGAAAUCAACUGCGGAGUCUUUUGAAGUACGACGAUGUGAUCAGGAGCUGGAAGACUGGCUGGCCAACCUCCCGGUGGAAACUCAAUAUACGCCUUCGGGGGUAUCGAAGCUUCCUGAGGCCCACGAAGUUCUUCACUCACACCGUGCUUUACUGAAGAUGGUUUAUCUUACCACAUCUAGCGCUCUUCAUCGUCCUCAGGUUCUACCUGCCGUUCCUUACCCGUCUAUGGAUUCAGAGCUCCAGGACAUGUCUCGCCAGAAAGUCCGAUAUGCCGCCUUGGAAAUCACCAAUAUCGCCCAGGAUCUUCACAUCUUGGACUUAACUCGUUAUUACCCUACAACUGGAGUGACAGUUCUUCUCCCAGCAGUCAUUAUUCAUUUACUCGAUAUCAAAUCUAGUGACCCCAGUGUGCGGAUGACCAGCCUCCAACGUUUCUACCAAUGUAUGCGGAUCUUACAACGCCUGCGUGAGAUUUACGCUUCAGCCGACUUCGCUACCUCAUUCUUAGAGGCAGCAAUUCGAAAGGCCGGUAUCCAGCUUACAGUCGCUCCACAAGACGUCCAAUCCAAGCGAUCUCGCAAGGCCGCUGCUGCCGCCACCGCCACCACCAACCAGACUAGCAGCGAUCCAUUUGAUUCGCUGUCUCGCAACAAUACAUUGACUCCCCCACCGGAUUCACUAGCCCAGAAAAUCCCCGACCUCACUUAUCCCCCAAAACCCCCCGCAGGCGGGCGGUCCAUUGGUGGUUUAUUCGCCUCAACCCCACCACAAUCCGACGGCAGCGAGAACGGCAGCACCAACAACGUCAACCCCACCCACGACGCCUUUGCAAUUCCCGAGCUAAACUCGGAAUUGAGCCUCACGGAGUUGAUGGACUUGGCCAAUGACGCCGAGGUUACCCAAAACGACUUCGAUGCUCUCAUUAAUUUCGAUGAUGCCGGUAACGAACUAUUCGGCGACGAGUCCGAUCAGCCUACAGCCUCGGCUCCAGCUCCGCAAGAAAAGGGCUUCGACUUCGGUCUUGACGACAUGAACGUGAUGGGCUUUGACAUGGAGCCAAAGUCAACUGACUUUGCCGAUCGCUCUUCUUCAAACCCUGAGUUUUCACUCGAUACCAAGCAACCAUCUGCUCUAACGGCUGAUCUAGAUACGGACCUUGGACUCAGCCCCAACCCUGAUGACCAGACAUGUGCAUUUCCUCUUUAG